ACCAAGAGGACUAUUUCGCUCGAAGGUUACCAGCAUUUCCUUGAGAAUCCCUAUGACGAAGCGUUCAACCUGAUUCAAAUUAACUAGCGUAAUAUGUACGAUGCAUUGAGCGCCAUAGACCUGAUGAAGCCACAGCGCUCCACGCUUAAAGACAAACUAUGGCCGUACGAUUCCUCACUCUCGCUCGAUCAGAUGAAGGAAGACCUGGAGACUCUGAACUGGCAGGAGUGCCCAGUUCAAUCUAUCGAGACCAUAAGUCAGCUAGAAUCUAGCGGUGGCAGUGAUGUUGUGUCGAAGAGUCUUCCAAUGUCAUCGUUCGAGAUCAGCCGCAAGCGACGGAGAUCAAAGAGGAUGAGGAACAUUGCGGACAAUGGAACCGCUGCUCGUUGUAACAUUCCCCCUGUCCUGACGUGGUUGGCACCUAUGGUGUUGGUGCAGGAGCAACUAAGCAUGAUUCCUCCCUGUUUGUGGAUAAGUACAGCUGGGAUUUCUGAGGAGUGAUCAGGUUUUUUUAGGGUUUUGGGUAUUUCCCUUCCUUCAGGAACUGCAACUUUUGUUGUCAAAAGCCCAGAUUGUGCCACGUAUCUUGCAUUAUUACAGCGCCGUGCCUCUCCCGCGCCCACUGGUGACUGGAUUUCUGGUCUUCUGCCUGCAUUUUUAUACUAAUUUUCUUCUGUACUUGCGAGGCUAUCAAGGACUGGGUGGGUUUUGGCCCAAAUCAGCUCACCUGUUUCACUAUGCGGGAUUGUCUUGUGGUCUUUGAAUUUCCAAACAACUUUCGUUUUAUUACUUGUUAAUGAAAUGAUUGCUGCA